GGCUCAAUAGCAGCCAGGGGCCUUCCAGGGGACUGGGGCCCCAACCACUGAAUGGGUGAGAGAGGAAAAGAGAGAGAGAGAGAGAGAGAGAGAGAGAGAGAGAGAGACUGGGAUACUGGGCCAGUCUCUUUUGGCUCUGUAUUAUGCAGAUGGAAGGACUGGUCAGCUGCCCUUCUGGAAUAAGGGUUUUGGUUUCAGUGUUUUGGACUUUUGGACAUUUCUGACUGGCUUGGUUUUUCCAUCCACCUGAUACUGAAGGAGAGACCCAAUCCGGACCCUCAGCUUAAUGAUCUGAAGAGACCAUUCACAGAUGAGCAGUGAACAAGACUGGACAGAAGUGGAUAUUUAUAGCAUUUCUCCAGCUCAGUACUGGACUGUGUGAUCCUCCAGCAGUGUGUAAUCUACAGGACAGUAGCUGGGCCGUGGUGAAUCCUUGGUCCUGCCAUGGGGAAGACUGGACAGAGUACGGUGGACCUGAACUCGCCCUCGGAGGUUAAGCAGGCCGUUCCGUUUGAGGAGAUGAACCACAGCAUGACUCCACCUGAAGAAGAGAAGAAGUCAGAGCUUCCUGAUCGAGGAACCUGGAAGGGCAAGUUUGACUUCCUGUUGUCCUGUAUCGGAUACGCCAUCGGCCUCGGCAACGUCUGGAGGUUCCCUUACCUGUGUGGCAAGAAUGGAGGAGGAGCAUUUCUGAUUCCGUACUUCACUACGCUGGUUUUUGCUGGAAUCCCUCUGUUCCUGCUGGAGACGGCGCUCGGACAGUACACCUCAGUGGGUGGAUUAGGGGUGUGGAAACUUAUACCCAUGAUGAAAGGUGUGGGUCUGGCUGCUGCAGUUUUGUCCUUCUGGCUCAAUAUUUAUUACAUAAUCAUCAUCUCCUGGGCGCUCUACUACCUGUUCAGCUCUUUCACAUCAGAGCUGCCGUGGCAGAGCUGUGAAAACCCCUGGAACACUGAGAGCUGCUUUUCUAACUACAGCCUGCCCGACACCACCAACCUGACCAGCGCUGUGACCGAGUUCUGGGAGAGAAACAUGCACCAGCUGACAGAUGGACUGGAGGAGCCAGGGGAGUUACGCUGGCCACUUGUUGGCACUCUGGCCCUGGCCUGGGUCCUGGUCUACUUCUCCAUCUGGAAAGGGGUGGAAUGGACUGGAAAGGUGGUGUACUUCUCCGCCACUUACCCCUACUUCAUGCUCUUCAUCCUGUUCUUCCGGGGGGUCACUCUUCCGGGGGCUAAAGACGGAGUUCUGUUCUACAUCACCCCCGACUUCAACAAGCUGCUCAAAUCAGAGGUGUGGCUGGAUGCUGCCACUCAGAUCUUCUUCUCUUAUGGUCUGGGGUUGGGCUCUCUGAUCGCACUGGGAAGCUACAAUCCAUUCAAUAACAACGUCUACAGGGAUGCUGUCAUCGUGUGCUGCAUAAACUCCUUCACCAGCAUGUUUGCUGGCAUUGUCAUCUUCUCUAUAGUGGGAUUCAUGUCCAACAUCACCAAAAAACCCAUCCAGGAGCUUGCUGCUUCAGGUCCAGGUCUGGCCUUCCUGGCGUAUCCCCAAGCAGUGACCCAACUGCCCAUGUCCUCCCUGUGGUCCAUCCUGUUUUUCUCCAUGCUGUUGAUGCUGGGACUGGACAGCCAGUUCUGUACGGUGGAAGGUUUCAUCACAGCUCUGAUGGACGAGUAUCCCAGCGUCCUGAGAAAGAGAAAGAAAGUGUUCAUCCUCAUCGUCUGCAUAAUAUCCUUCCUCAUAGGCUUGUCCAACAUCACACAGGGUGGUCUGUAUGUGUUUAAGCUGUUUGAUUAUUACUCAGCCAGUGGGAUGUGCCUCCUCUUCCUGGUGUUCUUCGAGACCGUUGCUAUAGCCUGGUUUUAUGGAGCAGACAGGUUCUAUAGUAACAUUGAGGAGAUGAUUGGCUAUCGGCCGUGUGGCUGGUGGAAACUCUGCUGGCUCUACUUCACCCCACUCAUAUGUCUGGGGGUUUUCACCUUCAGUGCGAUAGAGAUGACCCCCCUGACGCUGGGGAAGUACGUGUACCCGGCCUGGGGACAGGGCAUCGGCUGGCUUAUGGCCCUGUCUUCAAUGGUGCUCAUCCCUGGAUAUGUCAUUUACAUGUUCCUCAGUACCAAGGGCAGCUUACGCCAGCGCUGGCACAAAAUGACCACGCCCACUGACGAGGUCAACACUUCAGGGGACAAGGACAUCCUGGGACAUCAAACGAUCAUUGCUGAAGCUUCCUUCUGAUGAUACACCAUCGUUCUGAGAGCAGAGGGGAUGUUUGAUAAACUAAAGAAAGAACCCUGGCCAAUGACACAGCACCAACUGGAGAGAGCUGGAGUCACACUCGUCCAUUUCCCAGUCUCCUCUAGUAUAAAGCAUCUGCGGGACUCAGCAGGACUCACAUUGGGAGGAGUCUUGUGUUUAGUAUGAAUGUAAAAAGCAGUGUGUGGAAUGCCGUUGUAAGCUGUAGACGUAUUGGAGUGGAGUUCUUCAAGCUUUCCCCCUUUUUUGUAAGCGUGGUAUAUUUGGAGUGUUUGUCUUUCUGGACAACAACUUCAAAGACUCUUCAAAGCACGUUAUGAAUGUGUCUAUGGAUUAUAGCCCCGACAAAUACUAAUAGACUGCAUGAAAUUUGGAACGUAAACAGGCACAGAAAACUACCCAAUGAUGUGUACUUUCAAUGCAACUGUUGCAAAGGAGGCAAGCUAUAUAUAAUAUUCUAUUUUUCUCAUCUAUAUUUCCAUGUAGCUGGUUUUAACACUAUAAAGCAGGCUACAGGCCGAUAAUACUUACUGUACCUCUGAACGGCAAAAGAGCUUGCAUGCUAAUUCUGCUCCAGCAGUGCUAGCUGGGGAGAGCACUAGGAUACAGGCUGAAUGGCGAAAGAGCUAGAGCUGACUGGUAAAAUUCAAACAUAAGGCACACCAGAUUACACUGAAAAAAUAUAUUUACUGGCUCAACUCAAGUACUGUGGGCUUAAAUAAUGUAGUUUAUUUAAUAUAUAUAGGCAUUUUCAACAUGUUUAGCAUAUUUUGCCCCAACACUGGGGCAGCACAAGAGUGAACUUUGUAGCUCUAAGCCAACAUACUGUGAUCACUAGGAACACAGAACAAAGGCUACAAACACUGAGGCCUGGCAAUCAACACAUAUGUUACACUAAUGCAUGCCCAGGAUAAGGUAGCUUUGGGCAACAGACAACACAAAGAUGGUAAAGUAAGGGAGAGGCCACACCCAAAAUGCAAAUAUAUGGUGCCAGGAGCCUGAUGGGAAAGCUGUAUGUACCAGCACUGUAAAAAAACAUUGACAGGGUAUUAUACUAGAAGUUGGUUUAAAUCAUGUUUUGUUCAUUGGUUCUACCCCCAUAUUUUCAAGUUUUCAGAUUGAAGUUCUCUGAACUCAUUUUAUUGAGUUGUGCUGGCCGGUUAGUUCACUUAACUUGAUAAUAUUAGUUCUCCUGACUAAAACACAAAAUCACUUUUUAGAGUGUAUAAGGUGCACUUACUUUUUGGGAUAAUUAAAGGAUUUUAAAUGUGGAAAUUAUAUAAGGUCUAAAAUGCAAAAAAAAAAAAAAAAAGUAUAUGUAUCUUUUACAUACAGCAAAACAGAACUAACCACUGACCUCAAAUCAGGUAACUUGUGAGAUGGGACCUCCAUAAGCAUCAGUGAGCUUUGGACACUCAUUCUCAUUAUGCCUAGUUCAUUCUACAUGAGUUUAGUUCAGUUUUUGUUGUGUAUUGUGAACUGCUGGAAGAUACAGCAGUUCACAAUAAGUCACAGCAAUCUGCAAACAUCUAGCAGGUUUAAUAUCUCGACCAGUUGGCGGUCGUGAGUCAAGAACAGCGUCUAGCUACAGUCAAUUGGAUUGUAUAGAGAGAGAGAGAACCCCAUGUCCAACCAGUGUAUCUUCUAAAAUAGAAAAAGCUGUUUAUAGAGAGCCUGUCCACUUCCUGUUCCUCUGUUACAAAUCAGAAAAUGUCUGUUUAAUGCUAGAGGGAGCCCAUGAGUGAGUCCUCAAAGAAUAGGGGUGAAUGGAGCAAAUCAAAAUAAAAAAAGGACUAAACUGUUUGUCCAGGAUCAUUCUUUUUAGAAAAUUUAAGAAAGUAUGAUAAAGUAUUUUUAUCAGAUAAAACCUGUAUAUUUUAAUUUGUUCUACAACAAAAAGGUUUUAGGCAGUAAAGGUGCUAGCAUUACUGCUACUGUGAGCUGACUGGUUGCUGAGUUUAAAAGGAUGUAAAAAAUAGAUGUCUAAAAUACUAAAACAUUUGAUAUUUUUCUGUGUUGAGUUAUUUUUAAAAUAUAUUUCAGUUUCUUUAUCAACUAUGAACCCUUUUAUUUUGGACUCACUAGAGAGCACCCUAUGGUGGUUUGGCAAACCCACAACACAGUCUCAACUAUUGAAAAACAUUUUUGAGGUUGUUAAACUUUAAACCUUGGAAGAAGCCCUUAAUGUGCUAUGAGGAACAUUCAAGUAUUUCAGUCAAGCAUUUUUCUUCUAAAAGCUUUCACCUGACGGUUCCUCAAAGCAUCAUACACAACUUGUACAGUUGUCUAGGCAUUACUUGCCUAUUUUUACAGCUUUAACACAUCCACUUUAAGAACACCUAUAUACAAUAUGGCUGAUGUGUAUAUAUUGUUGCUGACCCAUAAAAACCUUAAAUCCAUGUUUUAGCCAUUUUCAACGUUUUGGUAAAAGAUGUCACAAUUUCAUCAAAAAUGAACCAAUAGAAAUGCUCCAAAAUUACUUGUAUAAACUAUUUUACAUUGUCUUCCAUUUAAACUAAAGAAAAUCAGUUUAAAAAUCACUUCCAUUUAUACAGGAGCAAUUAUGUGUGCAGCUUAACAUUUUAAAGUGGAUGUCUCAUUAAUAUAAUAAAAUGUUCUAUACAGUUUGUCCACUCAAUCAAUAGUUUAAAACAAAAAAUCUAUCUGAGAAACCUUGUAUGAUCCUCUGAACCAUCAGGUAUGGUUGUUGUGUGCCUGAAUAAACACCACCUUCGCUCAUAGUAACAAGAAAGCUUUCUGACCUACACUUAAUGCAAUACAGUGUGCUGAAGAUUGAUACUGAAAGACAGUAAAUGUUGUACAGAAUGUAAUAUAAGCUAUGGAGUGCUGAAUAUAAUUGUGUAUAUAUUCUAAAGGCUGAUUAACCCUAAAGAUAUAUUGCAUAGUUGUGACGUGAGCUGCAAGUGUUUAUAGCCGGUGUUCACAAUAAAGCACUAUAAAUAUUUUA